ACUCACACAGACGUUCACUCAUUUGGCUUCAUAAGCUGUGAUUUGUACUUCAGCGAAGACGUCCAUGUGACCGACAUCAGUCAUGGAGGAACCGCGGCGAAUCGAUCUGACGUACAUCACUGAACGAAUCAUUGUCAUAUUCUGUCCUCCUGAGUGUUCAGAGGAGACAUACGUCCACAACCUGAGGGAAAUUACACACAUGCUGCAGUCCAAACAUGGACACAACUACAUGCUUAUUAAUCUAUCACAGAGGAAUGACACUCUGAUCCAAAUGAGCCACAAGGUUUUAGACACAGGUUGGAUGGAUCUGUUGGCUCCGAACCUGGAUCAGAUCUUCAGCGUGUGCACGGUGAUGGAGAACUGGCUGCAAACACAUCCAAAACAUGUCCUGGUGCUGCACUGCAGGGGAGGUAAAGGUGGGAUCGGGGUCCUGGUGGCUUCUUACAUCCACUUCACCAACAUGUCAGCCAGUGCAGACCUUUCUCUUGACCACUUUGCCAUGAGGAGGUUCUUCGCCGACAAACUGUCUUCUAUGAUGACGCCUUCGCAAAAACGGUAUGUGUGGAUGCUGGGGAGCAUGCUCAAAGGAGGAUUAAGGAUGUGUCCCUCUCCAUCUUUCCUUCUCUGUGUUGUUCUUCACAGUUUACCUAAACUCAGACCAGAUGGAGGAUGCUGUCUCUUCCUGCGAGUUUAUCAGAGUCUUCAGGCCGUUUGCACAUCAGCAGUCUAUCAUGUGAAUGCAGUUCAGACUGAUCGGCUCUACUUUGUGCUCCAACCGGCUCAGCUGCUGAUGGGAGACAUCAUGGUGGUUUGUUAUGACAAAAACAGCGGGUCAUCGAGCCGUCAGGUCGUCUUCCGUCUCCAGUUUCAUACGGGCCUCGUUCAGGGACACUCCCUCACUUUCUCUAAGGCGGACCUUGACUGUGCCAGUGAAGAUCCUCGUUUCCCAGAAGAUGGAAAAGUGGAACUACUGUUUUCUGACAGUCCUGAAAAGAUUGCAGGCAGAGAGCUGUGGCACAACAGACGCUCAGUAACUGUCGACUACGACACUUUGGACCCUUUGGUCAGAAGAGAUUCAUAUCAGGCUGCGACUUCUGCUGCAACAGCUCCAUCUUUGAAUGGAAGUUUGUAUGCCAAACUGAGGAAGACGGGUCUUGAGGAAGGGGCUUCUUUGACUUCACCAACCGGCAGCUCCAGCUGUAGUGACCGGGCUCCGUCGGGCAGCAGUGAUUCAGGUCUGUCUGUGGCUUCACAGGGUCGGACCGGGGUCAAACACAGGAGAGGCUCUGCACGGGACCCCUCAGCAGGGAGGCAGGCUCCUCUGGGGGUCAUGACUGAGCUUCCUGUGUCCAAUGGAGGGGAGGGGGAGAUCGCUGGAGAUGAGUCCGGCCUGGGACACACUAUCAAUGGAGAGAUUUCCUCCAGUGAGCGGGAAACGGACAUACUGGAUGAUGAGGAUGAUGAAGAGGUGGCAGCUGCAGCCGUAGACAUGCCAAGCUGCAGCAGUAUUUGCUCGCUGUCCUCCGAGGAGAGGCCGGCCCAAGCGGAGUACGCCACACAGACGUGGGUUCAGCAGCAGCAGAUGGUCGAUGAUGAUGGUAAAGAGAGUAUGAUGAAGAUGAGGAAGGAGAGACCGCCUCCUCUGGUGGCCCCCGAGGCUCCACAGAGAGGAACCAGCAGCAGGGAGGCGGUCCAGAGAGGGCUGCUGGACGACAAACACACACCGAACACAGACGCCAUAAACACACCUGACACAACACACACUUCUUCACCGUCGCAAGAGGAUGACGAGUUGGCGUCUUUAGCCACAGACAUUGACGAGUCCAUAGAGCAGUUGAAUCAGCUGAUUCUAGAUCUGGAUCCCACCUUUGUUCCUGUUCCCACUCGGUGUACCCCACUGUCCCGGUCCGCCUCGCUCCACACCAACGGCCUCAGUCAUAAAGGACAGAACCAUCAAACAGGUUGGAGGCAGCAGAAGCAGGUCAGUGAUGUGACAGACUAUUCUGGUCUCCACAGUCCUGGAUGGAGGGGGGGUGGAGUCCAGAGCCUCAGGAACUCCCCCCUCUACAGUACCUCCUUCACAUCCUCACCACAGCAUGGGCAUCUCUACAAAGCCAACAGUGUGGAUUAUCGUGGACAGUCGCUCAGCUCGGACAUCGUCCCACCUACCCCGGCCUUCCCAGUGUCUCCUCCAACGCCCUAUGUGAAAAACUUCUCCGAGUUUUCCCAGCUCAGAGGUGGAGGACAGUGGGAACAAUCCAGCUGGACACAAGACUCCCGGAGUUUCCUGGACAGUAUGAACCACACCGGCGGCUCCACAGAGGGAGAGCUGUUCAGAUCCGACGUGUCCGUUACUCCUGCUUCCUGUCAGAGGAUCUUUGGCUCCAUGUGCUCUGUGUCAUCAGGAAGCCCACUCCCACACACAGACAGCUCCACUCCUCCUCCUGUGUGGCAUGACCGGACUCCAAACUCCCUAAACUCCCCUUCACCCCCUCUCUCCCUCAGCACCCCCAAUGACCACAGUUCACCCCGGGGGGCUCUGAAGUUCCUGGAUGGGAGUCCGGGUGUCUGUAGGGAGACGGACAGCACAGAUUUGUCCUCGCUGUUGGGGAACGGCAGCCUGGACCACAGCCUGCUGGAGGCCAUGGAGGGUCUCGGCAGUCUGGGUCUGGGAGGGGAUGGGGGUUUCCCUCCUCUGCUGCCCGAGAAGAGGAGAGGAGGUGAGGGUGGAGAGCUCGGAUCCCGCUCCCCUUCGUUAAGCGGCUUUUCCAGCCCUAACAGUGGCAGCAGCCUCAACAUCAUGACCCCUGACCCCCUUAGAGGACUGAGCGGGACCCCGUCACCUGGAGCAGAGUUCGGCAAUAAGCAGGACACUGUGAAGUUUGUUCAGGACACGUCUAAGUUCUGGUACAAGCCUGACAUUUCCAGAGACCAAGCUAUCGCAGUGCUAAAGGACAAAGAGCCGGGCUCGUUCAUUGUCAGAGACAGUCAUUCAUUUCGAGGGGCGUACGGGUUGGCGAUGAAAGUGGCCACGCCCCCUCCAUCUGUGUUACAACAGAGUAAGAAAGCCGGAGAUUUGUCCAAUGAGCUGGUGAGACAUUUCCUGAUCGAGUGCACACAGAAAGGAGUUCGUCUCAAAGGCUGCCCCAACGAACCAUAUUUCGGAAGCCUCACUGCUCUGGUGUGUCAGCACUCCAUCACUCCUCUGGCUCUACCCUGCAAACUCAUCCUGCCUGACAGAGACCCAGUGGAGGAUCUGAACGAGUCCUCUGCACAGACAGCAACAAACUCAGCAGCUGAACUCCUGAAACAAGGAGCAGCCUGUAACGUGUGGUACCUGGGCUCUGUGGAGCUGGAGUCUCUGACAGGACAUCAGGCCGUUCAGAAGGCGACCACCCUGACCCUCGCCAAAGACCCUCCACCAGCGUCGACGGUCGUCCACUUCAAAGUGUCAGCACAGGGCAUCACGCUCACAGACAACCAGAGGAAGUUGUUCUUCAGGAGACAUUACGCCGUCAACACCGUCAUCUUCUGCUCUUUGGAUCCACAGGGAAGGAAAUGGAAAAGAGACAGUGGAUCCACUGCAAAGAUCUUUGGAUUUGUUGCCAGAAAGUCUCAGAGUGACACUGAAAAUAUGUGUCACCUCUUUGCUGAGCACGACCCGGAGCAGCCAGCGAGCGCCAUCGUCAACUUUGUCUCAAAGGUCAUGAUUGGGUCACACAAAAAGUGAAGACUGGAGGUCAAACAACCAGCCCAGAGUUAUAAAAAAGAAGAAAAGAAGAAGAAAACUGCUCACACACCAGCACUUGUUCCUGUUU